UGAUCAGGAUGCUGGCAUGAAGUAUGGCGAUAAUCGGAAUGCUUUUAUGGGGUAUGGCAGUGAUCAGGGCAAUGGUAUGGGGUAUGGCACUGCUCAGGAUACUGGUAUGGGGUAUGGCAGUCAUCAGAACACAGGUAUGGCAUAUGGCGGUGAUCAGGAUGCUGGUAUGGGGUAUGGUGGUGAUCAGGACACUGGUAUGGGGUAUGGCAGUGAUCAGAACGCUGGUAUGGGGUAUGGCGGGGAUCAGGACGCUGGUAUGGGGUAUGGAGGUGAUCAGGACGCUGGUACGUGGUAUGGCACUGAUCAGGACGUUGGUAUCUGGUAUGGCGGUGAUCAGGAGGCUGGUAUGGGGUAUGGCGGUGAUCUUGAGGAUGGUAUGGCAUAUGGCGGUGAUCAGGAUGCUGGUAUAGGGUAUGGUGGUGAUGAGGACACUGGUAUAGGGUAUGGCGGUGAUGAGGACACUGGUAUGGGGUAUGGGCGGUGAUCAGGACACUGGUAUGGGGUAUACCGGUGAUCAGGACACUGGUAUGGGGUAUUUUGGUGAUCAGGACACUGGUAUGGGGUAUUUUGGUGAUCAGGACGCUGGUAUGGGGUAUGGCGGUGAUCAGGACGCUGGUAUGGGGUAUGGUGGUGAU